GGCUCGGGGUCAAAGUUCAUUUUUUUUGAGAUCGCAUGUGUUGUGCACGAUGAGAAAAACGUGAUACCGAUUUUUGUUGAUUUUUUCUUGCAUAUCUAAGGAAGAAAAAUGAAAUUGAUCAAGAAAGUAGCCUUUCUUACACGGCAUAUUUCCAGGUGUUUUUCAUCAGAGGCGACAGCGGCAAGCACUGCCAUCACGCCCAGGCAAAAUGAGAUCUUCAACCAGGAGAAGGAACGUCAGCUGUCUCUCAUCAAAAGGAUUGAGAAGAUCGAAGUGGACCACAUCGGCGCAGACGAACCCUGCAAACUCGCCAUGAACAAAUAUCUGUCAACGCCUUACAAUGUUGCCAUGCAUUUGAAUCAGAGAUACAUGGAUCGCUCAGCCAUUGCCAUGGUGAAUGGCAAACCCUGGCACAUGUUGCAGCCACUCACGGAGGACUGUGAGCUACGAUUUAUCACGCUGAAGGACGAUGAUGUCACAGAGGUCAACCAGGCAUUCUGGAAGUCAUGCUCCCUGAUGAUGGCUGCCGUCUUGCAGUCGGCAUUCAAAGACGACAUCCCGGUAGAACUUGCGAGGGCGCCAGACAUUCCAAUCACAACCGGCUGUUUUGCGUACGACGUCAAUCUUCCCUUCAAGUGGCAACCAACCAGGGAGGAGCUGAUAUGCCUCAACCGACAGGCCUUCAUGAUGGCCGACAGAAAGGUCAACUUUGAGAGGUUAGAGGUCAGCAGAGAGGUCGCCAACCGAAUAUUUGAAGACAAUGCGUACAAGAAGCAUCAAGUUGAACACACCGAAGCCGACAGGGUAGUGCUGUUCAGACUGGGAGAUUUUGUGGACAUCACCGACGGACCGCUGAUCACUAACACAGGAUUCAUGGGACCACACAGAUAUGUCUUCACUUGCGUUCAUAGUGUGGAUGACUACCUGAAACCUACAAACAAGCUGCUGAGAUUCCAAGGGGUGGCGGUUCCCUCAGAGUUUCGAGUUCACCACACCACGUGGAGCAUCCUUGAAGAAAGGGCUCGCAAACCAGUUCUGGUUGACUUGGCACCUAACAUGAAAUCCAGACACAGAAUAGACAAAGCACAAGAAGACACUGCAUCAUGAUGCACAGAUGGGUCGUCAGGAUUUGUACAAACAAGGUCACGAAGCCAGGCUAUACACCAAAGGCUAUGGAGCAGGGCACCCGUUUGCUUCAUGAGGUUUUGUCAUAAGCAUGAGAAAGGAACAAGACAUCAGUUAAUAAUUAAACGAUACUUCGAGCAGUUACCCGAUUUCUGGCAAACUCCUUUCAACAAGACUUUGUGCUGGAAAGAAACUUUCACUGCAAGAUUAUUCAGUCAUGUUGCCAUCUCAUUGCACAGUUUAUCACUUUGAGUGUUUAUCUGUUAUCUGAGUUUCUGGCAAGGUGACCAGUCUUGAUGUUCUUGAUUAGUCAAGUCAAUCACAUCUCAAAUUACGAGUAAGAUCACUAGUAACAGGAAAGAAAGAUGGACAAAGGAAUGUCUCUUUCAUAGAUUAUAUGAAUUACUUGUUACGUGUUCUUCACUUGAGCCUGGAUGACGUGUGAUGGGCUUUAGAGCCCUUCUUUUAGCUGUUGCUCGUUGCCUUUAAAUAAAAACAGGGCGAGUCAAAAAAA